UGCACUGCUCUCUCUUUCUCUCACUUACUAGGCUCUCCUCUCUCGCUCUCGUGAACGCAUGCGCACCGAUCGCGAGCAUCUUCUGCUGGCCAUCUGAUUGCGCGUUCACUCACUGCAAACUCUUUCUUCUAGCUCUUUAGACUCGAUAGGUAGAACAAGUCGUUAGAUUCUCGAUCAGAUCAGCUUAGACAAACAAAGAUACUGCAUUCUCUUGUGGAAUUCCAGGCACGCACAAUUUUGAUUCAAACAUUUCCAAACAAUUUCGCUCGUUAGAAUUCAGAUUGUCUCUGAGACAAUCCGAUCUUCAGUCACAGGCACACAUCUGCCUGCGCACACAUUCUCAACUCUCUGCCACUCUCUCCUACACUUCGGUCACAGUCGGUCUCACGGACUUAGAAUCCAGCUCCGGACUGCAACUCGCGAAACCCUUUUUUAAAUUUCGCUGAGUGAGUCAAAUUUACGGACUCGAGCAAGGACUUGCUCCUGUUCAUCCACUCACUGGGAUAACCGCAUCUCAGUUCUAGCUUGCAUCAUUUUUUCAUAUCGCAAGCUAAUCAUCCUUGUAAAUAUAUUAGUUGUUUUUGCACACACAUAGCUCAAAUUCUACUUCUUAGUAUUGAGAAUUUGUGUUGCUCGGACCUCGUUAUCCGGCCGAGCGAUUUGGAUUGAAUUGAGCUUGUUUUUAUUUCUGCUCAAAUUCACGUAUAGAUAGAACAAACUCACGUGUCUUGCAGGGCUUGUUGCUUUCUUUGCAACUUUUUUAGCGAGGAAGGCAACACUGCGACACUCUGAGAUAGGCUGGUGGACAAUCGAUCUCAUACCUUACGGUUUCAAGGGGUGAACAUAUAUCUACCAGGUCAGAUCAACGAUCCGAUCAUCGGUCCGUUGUUUGUGUCUCGAGGUACUCAAUCCUCACAUUACACUGUUGCAUCAAAACUUGCAUCUGAUUCGUUUUGUGUAUCUUUUCAUGAUACUUCUGAAUUUCGAUAGGCUAGCCUGAACACCAGUAUUAGGCUAGAUUGCUUGUGUACAUCAUCUUGAUAUUAUUUAUUACCUUUCGGAUCCACCAGCGCCUUUGCCUGUGCUCGUUGAACCAAAGCAUUUGAUUGCAGUUCGAUAUUUUUUCAAUUGCUGCAUCGCUCCUGUUUCGCACAAGUGUGCUAGAAUUGGUCAAUCGCCUCCAAACGCUUGUCUUUGCUUGCUCCUUUUAUUCGCAUUGCAUUUGACUCGUACAUAGGUGAAUCUUGUAGUCAUUCGAGGUCUAGACAAACCCCUUGGGAUUUGAUAGCUUCACUAACAGAAAAAAUUAAAAAAGUUAAGAUUUCUCUUGAAUUUGAAUUGACUUUUGUUUUCGCGAUAUAGCGUAAAUCUCAAUCACGGUGCUUCAUAUCGCACUUACUGCUCAAGCCGUUAUCUUACUCUUAUACCUGAAUCUAGCGACUGAGCUCGACAGUACUCUAAUCUACAGACUGAAUUUGAUUGUUAGCCUUACUAUACAUCCGUCCCUCGUUGUAGCGUUUGCGUGUACUCUCGUCUUCUGUUUCCUACAGGUUGUUCAGUAGAGACCUUCGUUACGAUGGGGAAGUGUUCGAGCAAACUUGAGAGGACCGAUACGGACUCCUCAUUCCAUGUGCGCGGCGGCAAGUCCAGCAAGGCUCCCUCGAGCCCUCAGCCAGUCGUCAGAAAGGAAGGGGAGGAAGCUGAACUGCAUGCUAGCUCUCCAGGGGAGUCAUCACAUUCAGGUGGAAGGCUAAGAAAAAGAGGAUCUAAGCCCCCGGCCUUGAAAACUACGGUUGCCUUACCUGUGCCUGGGUCUUCUUCUGCUCCUGUUCCACUCGAAGAAGUACAAGAAACCUUCCACGAUGCAGCUGAGGAGCUGCCAAAGUCCCCUACUGCUCUAUCCACUCCAUUGGCCACUUCACUUGGAAAAUCUCCUGUUUCCAAAUUCGAGACUCCCGUCUUCAGUCCCACUACGGAUCAAGGCUUUAGCUUCGGUCCUUCGACUGCAGAAUCGCUACAAGAGUCAACUGCUUCCCAGGUUCGGAGUAAGCAAAUUUUGACCUCGUCAGCUUCCUUACCUGCUCGAAGUACUGUGGUGAAGGGCUCAAUUCCAGAAUCCACAUUUGGGGCGAGUGUCAGCCAGAAGAUCGCGAUAUCAUCAAGUCCAAUUGAAUCUGAGAUGACACCAGAUGAAGCACUCGAAGCGAAGAAGGUAAAAGAGCACGAAACAAUGAAGGCUUUCGUAGAACUCGGUGAUAACUGGGAGCUGGUCACUCGAGAGCCUCAACUAGCUGCAACUUUAGCCAAGAAAGAAGAUUCCCAACCUGUCGUCAGUCCUCAGGCCGAGGAGGAGUCAACAUUUGUCUUGGAGAGGAAAUCAAGGAGUCUGGACAUUGACAUGAGAACACCGGAAGAGCAGGCGGAGAGUUCAGUAUCUGUCACGCCAAUCCUUGUUUCUUCACAUGCAUUUGAUCCUCAACCUCAAGGCGGACUUCUUGAUCCUUCGGGACCUGAGAGCCCUGCUUUGCUUCUGAGGAAGGAAGGUUAUACAGCACGUGAAGAGCCACCAGCAACAGAUACCGAUCUUGACAAACCGAAGGGUACACUUAGCUCGCAAUCUUCGUCGGCAGGAAGUGCAGAGUUUGAAAUCAUCAGGGGACCAGAGGAUGAGAAGAACGUGAUUUCUGCCUCACAGCAAGUUGGUACUUUCGGAGAUAAACAUGAGGAAGAUACCUUGGGGAAAAAAUACGACUGGUCGUCGGAGGAAGAAAAGAAAGAUGACGACAAAUCCUCAAUCGUUCAGGAGUUGAGAAGUUUACAUCAACCUGUCGAGAGAGCGGAACUAGAGACUUCAACUUCAGCAGCUAUACCAGGAGAUCAAGAUGCCGCAGCUUCGCUUGCCAUCGAAAAAUCUCCAAUUGCUUCAACAACUGAAGGACCGAAGGACUCCCAUUCUGCUGCAGUCCCCGCUGGAUCUGAAGAGAAAGACCUACCAACGGGCCUAGACAAACCACAAGUAUUUAUUCCUUUCGGAGUUGAUUUUUCUGCUUCAUCAGAGGAGGAAUACCCAUCAGAUGGUGCAAGUGCACCUGCAGUUGCUACAGAUGAGAAGAAAGUAGUUGACACACCCAUUGAAGAUGACUACCAGGAGAUUACUCUUUCUUCCGUUGAAAUACCAUCAAAAGAAAGUGAAUCAUCUCCAACGAAAACUCCAGAGGACACCAUACUAGGUACUACAGAGAAGGAAGUUUCGAGCGCAUCAUCUGACGUAAUUCAGCAUGAUGUUCCUACCACCUUCGAAACAUCCGGAGAGGAAGAUACUCCACCAGGAUUUGCUUACAAGGAGCCAGUGGAGGUCAGAUCGAAAGACGAAGUGGUUGAGACUUCCACUGAGAAGGCUACUCCAUUUGAGAGGGAGAUUCUUUUACCUGCUACCCAGUUAGAGGCCCCAGAAGAACCAAAGGAUGGUCUUGCUGAUGUCCAGUUCCCUGCUACUCCUGCAGCUUUGGAGACAUCACCAGAAGCUCAGCCUGAUUCACCAGCUGCUCCUUCAGAUGUAACAACCAGAGAAAUUGCAGUUGACACACAAGGGGCUAUUGUCUUACCUGCUGUCGAUAUCGAGGAAACAAAAUCGGAAUUCGAUCUACACGACAAAAUUGCUCCUGAAAAACAGAUAGCCACUACAGAUGCUGAGGUUCUUGCUGCUUUACAGGACGAUGAAGAGGGAGUUGAGAAACCCGAAGUAUCAAGAACUUUGGAGGUGGACGAGAUCCUCACAACAAUCGAAGCUACUCCUGAGGUCUCUUCAGUUUCUGAGGAGAAGGAUACCGAAGUCAUUGCUUCCCCACCCACUACUGCAGAACAGAACGACGAGAAGGAUACCGACGACAUUGUUCCGGCUUCACAAGAGCCUACUGCAGAUCUUCCCCAAGACAAGGAGCUUCCCAAUACUCUGGAGAAAUCUGCGGCAGAAGAGCCAGCAGUUAUCUCCGACUCAGUACCGCCUACAGCCGAGGCAGCUGAAGACGACAAUAAAACUGAUGAUACGGCCGACGAAACAACACUUUCCAGAGAAAUUGUUUUACCUGCACAUGUAGAAGAGAGCGUGAUGGAACCAGACGCUGAGAAGGAGGUACCCUCCAGUCCUAAACCUGAUAAGGAGACAACUCCUCUUCCAGAGAACGAACCAGCGGCAAUUCCUACCGAAGAGACUCCUCUUACAGUAACGCAGGAGACUUCGACAAAAGAAUCGCCCGCUGCAGAGAGCGAGGUGUCUACAGUUUCUGAGGAAAAAGAUACCGAAGUCAUUGCGUCCCCACCCACUCCUGCUGAACACCACGACGAGAAGGAUACCGUCGACAUUCUUCCGGCUGCACAAGAGCCUACUGCAGAUCUUCCCCAAGACAAUGAGCUUCCCAAUACUCUGGAGAAAUCUGCGGAAGUAGAGCCAGCAGUUGCCUCCGACUCAGUACCGCCCACAACCGAAGCAGCUGAGGAUGACAUUAAAACUGAUGAUACUCCCGACGACACAACACUUUCCAGAGAUGUUGUGUUACCUGCAAAUGUAGAAGAGAGCGAGACGGAACCAGAGGCUGAGAAGGAGGUACCCUCCAGUCCUAAACAUGAUAAGGAGACAACUCCUCUUCCCGAGAACAAACCAGCGGCAAUUCCUACCGAAGAGACUCCUCUUCCAGUAACACAUGAGACUUCGACAGAAGAAUCGCCCGCUGCAGAGAGCGAGGUGUCUACAGUUUCGGGGGAAAAAGAUACCGAAGUCAUUGCUUCCCCACCCACUAAUGCUGAACAACACGACGAGAAGGAUACCGACGACAUUCUUCCGGCUGCACAAGAGCCUACUGCAGAUCUUUCCCAAGACAAGGACCUUCCACAUACUCUGGAGAAAUCUGCGGAAGAAGAGACAGCAGUUGUCUCUGACUCAGUACCGCCUACAGCCGAAGCAGCUGAAGGCGACAUUAAAACUGAUGAUACGGCCGACGACACAACACGUUCCAGAGAAAUUCUGUUACCUACACAUGAAGAAGAGAGCGUGCCGGAACCAGAGGCUGAGAAGGAGGUACCCUCCAGUCCCAAACAUGAUAAGGAGACAUCUCUUCUUCCAGAGGACGACCCACCGGCGAUUCCUACCGAAGAGACACCUAUUGCAGUAACGCAGGAGACUUCCAUUCCCAAGGAACUGGAGCCAGAAGUCAUUCCUCCUCAAGAGGAUAUCGCUUCCACUCCUGCAGACGAGGAGAUCAAGCAAGAAGCUUCGCCCAAGGAAGCAGAUGUCACCAUCUCUACUCCAGACAAAGAUCUUACAGCAGAUGAAGUACUCAUUCCUCACUCUGAGGAAAAGGAAAUUCCUGCAAUUCCCGAGGACGAAUCGGCAUCCAUUUCUCCAGAAAAAUCAAACGCUGCAGAGAGCGAGGUGUCUUCACUUUCUGAGGAGGAGGAACCCAAAGUCAUUGCGUCCCCACCCCCUCCUCCUGAACAGCACGACGAGAAGGAAACCGUCGACAUUCUUCCUACUGCACAAGAGCCUACUGCAGAUCUUCCCCAAGACAAGGAGCUUCCCGAUACUCUGGACAAAUCUACGGAAGAAGAGCCAGCAGUUGUCUCCGACUCAGUACCGCCCACAGCCGAAGCAGCUGAAGACAACUUUAAAACUGAUGAUACUGCCGACGACACAACACUUUCCAGAGAAAUUGUGUUACCUACACAUGAAGAAGAGAGCGUGAAGGAACCAGAGGCUGAGAAGGACGUACCCUCCAGUCCCAAACAUGAUAAGGAGACAUCUCUUCUUCCAGAGAACGAACCAGCGGCAGUUGCUACCGUAGAGACUCCUCUUCCAGUAACGCAGGAGACUUCCACUCCCGAGGACAAGGAGCCGGAGGUCAUUCUCCCUCAAGAGGAUAUCACUUCCAUUCCUGCAGACGAGGAGAUCAAGGAAGAAGUUGCGGCCAAGGAAACAGAUGUCAUCACGCUUACUGCAGACAGACACCUUACAGCAGAUGAAGGUUUCUCUGAAGAAAAGCAAAUUCCUGCACUUCCAGUAGCCGAGCCGGCAGCCAUUUCUCCAGAAGAAUCGCCUGCUGCAGGAAGCGGGGUGUCUUCUGUUUCUGAGGAGAAGGAUACCGAAGUCAUUGCUUCUCCACCCACUCCAGCUGAACAGGACGACGAGAAGGAUACCGUCGACAUUAUUCCGGCUGCACAAGAGCCUACUGCAGAUCUUCCCCAAGACAAGGAGCUUCCCGAUACUCUGGAGAAAUCUGCGGAAGAAGAACCAGCAGUUGUCUCCGACUCAGUACCGCCCACAGCCGAAGCAGCUGAAGACGACGUUAAAACUGAUGAUACUCCCGACGACACAACACUAUCCAGAGAAAUUCUGUUACCUCCACAUGAAGAAGAGAGCGUGACGGAACCAGAGGCUGAGAAUGAGGUACCCUCCAGUCCCAAACAUGAUAAGGAGACAUCUCUUCUUCCAGAGUACGAACCAGCGGCAAUUGCUUCCGAAGAGACUCCUCUUCCAGUAACGCAGGAGACUUCCACUCCCGAGGACAAGGACCCGGAGGUCAUUCUCCCUCAAGAGGAUAUCACUUCCAUUCCUGCAGACGAGGAGAUCAAGGAAGAAGCUUCAUCCAAGGAAGCAGAUGUCAUCACCUCUACUGAAGACAAAGCUCUUACAGCAGAUGAAUUACCCUCGAAGGAAAAGGAAAUUCCUGCACUUCCAGUGGCCGAGCCGGCAGCCCUUUCUCCAGAAGAAUCGCCUGCUGCAGGAAGCGAGGUGUCUUCCGUUUCUGAGGAGAAGCAUACCGAAGUCAUUGCUUCCCCAGCCACUCCUGCUGAACACCACGACGAGAAGGAUACCGUCGACAUUCUUCCGGCUGCACAAGAGCCUACUGCAGAUUUUCCCCAAGACAAGGAGCUUCCCGAUACUCUGGAGAAAACUGCGGAAGAAGAGCCAGCAGUUGCCUCCGACUUAGUACCGCCCACAACCGAAGCAGCUGAGGAUGACAUUAAAACUGAUGAUACUCCCGACGACACAACACUUCCCAGAGAAAUUGUGUUACCUGCACAUGUAGAAGAAAUCCUGACGGAACCAGAGGCUGAGAAGGAGGUACCCUCCAGUCCAGAACACGAUAAGGAGACAACUCCUCUUCCACAGACCGAGCCAGCGGAAAUUCCUACCGAAGAGACUCCUCUUCCAGGAACGCAGGAGACUUCCACUUCCGACGACAAGGAGCCGGAGGUCAUUCUCCCUCAAGAGCAUAUGACUUCGACUCCUGCAGACGAGGAGAUCAAGGACGACGCCUCAACCAAGACAGCAGAUGUAGUCACCUCUACUGCAGACACAAUUCUUACAGCUGAUGAAAUACCCUCUGAGGAAAAGGAAAUUCCAACACUUCCAGAGGCCGAAACGGCGGCCAUAUCUCAAGCAGAAUCGCCUGCUGGAGGAAGCAAGGGUUCUUCAGUUUCUGAGGAGAACGAACCCGAAGUCUCUGAAGAGAAGGAACCCGAGGUCAUUGCGUCCCCACCCACUCCUCCUGAACAGCACGACGAUAAGGAUACCGUCGACAUUCUUCCUACUGCACAAGAGCCUACUGCAGAUCUUCCACAAGACAAGGAGCUUCCCGAUACUCUGGACAAAUCUGCGGAACAAGAGCCAGCAGUUGUCUCCGACUCGGUACCGCCCACAGCCGAAGCAGCUGAAGACGACAUUAAAACUGAUGAUACUGCCGACGACACAACACUUUCCAGAGAAAUUCUGUUACCUACACAUGAAGAAGAGAGCGUGCCGGAACCAGAGGCUGAGAAGGAGGUACCCUCCAGUCCCAAACAUGAUAAGGAGACAUGUCUUCUUCCAGAGGACGAACCAGCGGCAAUUGCGACCGUUGAGACUCCUCUUCCAGUAACGCAGGAGACUUCCACCCCGGAGGACAAGGAGCCAGAGGUCAUCCUCCCUCAAGAGAAUAUCACUUCCAUUCCUGCAGACGAGGAGAUCAAGGAAGAAGCUUCAGCCAAGGAAACAGAUGUCAUCACCCCUACUGCAGACAAAGACCUUACAGCCGAUGAAGGUUCCUCUGAGGAGAAGGAAGUUCCUCCGCUUCCAGAGAGCGAGCAGGCUGCCAUUUCUCCAGGAGAAUUGCCUGCUGCAGAGAGCGAGGUGACUUCAGUUUCUGAGGAGAAGGAACCCGCAGUCAUUGCGUCCCCACCCACUCCUCCUGAACAUCACGACGAGAAGGAUACCGUUGACAUUCUUCCGACUGCACAAGAGCCUACUGCAGAUCUUCCCCAAGAGGAUAUCACUUCCAUUCCUGCAGACGAGGAGAUCAAGGAAGAAGCUUCAGCCAAGGAAACAGAUGUCAUCACCCUUACUGCAGACAAAGACCUUACAGCAGAUGAAGGUUCCUCUGAGGAAAAGGAAAUUCCUGCACUUCCAGUGACCGAGCCGGCAGCCAUUUCUCCAGAAGAAUCGCCUGCUGCAGGAAGCGAGGUGUCUUCCGUUUCUGAGGAGAAGCAUACCGAAGUCAUUGCUUCCCCAGCCACUCCUGCUGAACAGCACGACGAGGAGGAUACCGUCGACAUUCUUCCGGCUGCACAAGAGCCUACUGAAGAUCUUACCCAAGACAAGGAGCUUCCCGAUACUCUGGAGAAAUCUGCGGAAGAACAGCCAGCAGUUGUCUCCGAGUCAGCAACGCCCACAGCAGAAGCACCUGAAGACGACAAUAAAAUUGAUGCUACUCCCGACGACACAACACUUUCCAGAGAAAUUGAGUUACCUGCACAUGUAGAAGAAAUCGUGACGGAACCAGAGGCUGAGAAGGAGGUACCCUCCAGUCCAAAACACGGUAAGGAGACCACUCCUCUUCCAGAAGACGAGCCAGCGGCAAUUCCUACCGAAGUGACUCCUCUUGCAGGAAUGCAGGAGACUUCCACUCCGCAGGACAAGGAGCCAGAGGUCAUCCUCCCUCAAGAGGAUAUCACUUCCAUUCCUGCAGACGAGGAGAUCAAGGAAGAAGCUUCAGCCAAGGAAACAGAUGUGAUCACCUCAACUGAAGACAAAGAUCUAACAACAGAUGAAGUUUCCUCUGAGGUAAAGGAAGCUCCUGCACUUCCAGAGGCCGAAACGACAGCCAUUUCUCCAGGAGAAUCGCCAGCUGCAGAGAGCGAGGUGUCUUCAGUUUCUAAGGAGAAGGAACCCGAAGUCAUAGCGUCCCCACCUACUCCUCCUGAACAGCACGACGAGAAGGAUACCGUCGACAUUCUUCUGACUGCACAAGAGCCUACUGCAGAUCUUCCACAAGACAAGGAGCUUCCCGAUACUCUGGACAAAUCUGCAGAACAAGAGCCAGCAGUUGUCUCCGACUCAGCACCGCCCACAGCCGAAGCAGCUGAAGACGACACUAAAACUGAUGAUACUGCCGACGACGACACAACACUUUCCAGAGAAAUUGUGUUACCUCCACAUGAAGAAGAGAGCGUGACGGAACCAGAGACUGAGAAGGAGGUACCCUCCAGUCCCAAACAUGAUAAGGAGACAUCUCUUCUUCCAGAGGACGAACCAGCGGCAAUGGCUGCCGAUGAGACUCCUCUUCCAGUAACGCAGGAGACUUCCACUCCCGAGGACAAGGACAAGGAGGUAAUUCUCCCUCAAGAGGUUAUCACUUCCAUUCCUGCACACGAGGAGAUCAAGGAAGAAGCUUCAUCCAAGGAAGCAGAAGUCAUUACCUCUACUGCAGAGAAAGAAUUGACAGCAGAUGAAGUACACUCUGAGGAAAAGGAAGUUCCUGCACUUCCAGAGGCCGAGCUGGAAGCCCUUUCUUCAGUAGAAUCGCCUGCUGAAGAGAGCAAGGUGUCUUCAGUUUCUGAGGAGAAGGAACCCGAAGUCAUUGCGUCCCCACCCACUCCUGCUGAACACCACGACGAGAAGGAUACCGUCGACAUUCUUCCGGCUACACAAGAGCCUACUGCAGAUCUUCCCCAAGACAAGGAGCUUCCCGACACUCUGGACAAAUCUGCGGAAGAAGAGCCAGCAGUUGUCUCCGACUCAGUACCGCCCACAGCCGAAGCAGCUGAGGAUGACAAUAAAACUGAUGAUACUCCCGACGACACAACACUUUCCAGAGAAAUUGUGUUACCUCCACAUGAAGAAGAGAGCGUGACGGAACCAGAGGCGGAGAAGGACGUACCCUCCAGUCCCAAACAUGAUAAGGAGACAUCUCUUCUUCCAGAAGACGAACUAGCCGCACUGGCUACCGAAGAGACUCCUCUUCCGGUAACGAAGGAGACUUCCACUCCCGAGGACAAGGACCCGGAGGUCAUUCUCCCUCAAGAGGAUAUCACUUCCAUUCCUCAAGAGGAGAUCAAGGAAGAUGCUUCGUCCAAGGAAGCAGAUGUCAUUACCUCUAUUGCAGAGAAAGAACUGACAGCAGUUGAAGGUUCCUCUGAGGAAAAGGAAGUUCAUGCACUACCAGAGGCCGAGCCGGCAGCCAUUUCUCCAGGAGAAUCGCCAGCUGCAGAGAGCGAGGUGUCUUCAGUUUCUAAGGAGAAGGAACCCGAAGUCAUUGCGUCCCCACCCACUCCUGCUGAACAGCACAACGAGAAGGAUAACGUCGACAUUCUUCCGGCUGCACAAGAGCCUACUGCAGAUCUUCCACAAGACAAGGAGCAUCCCGAUACUCUGGACAAAUCUGCGGAAGAAGAGCCAGCAGUUGUCUCCGACUCAGUACCGCCCACAGCCGAAGCAACUGAAGACGACACUAAAACUGAUGAUACUGCCGACGACGACACAACACUUUCCAGAGAAAUUGUGUUACCUCCACAUGAAGAAGAGAGCGUGACGGAACCAGAGACUGAGAAGGAGGUACCCUCCAGUCCCAAACAUGAUAAGGAGACAUCUCUUCUUCCAGAGGACGAACCAGAGGCAAUGGCUGCCGAUGAGACUCCUCUUCCAGUAACGCAGGAGACUUCCACUUCCAUUCCUGCACACGAGGAGAUCAAGGAAGAAGCUUCAUCCAAGGAAGCAGAUGUCACCACCUCUACUGCAGACAAAGAAUUGACAGCAGAUGAAGUCCACUCUCAGGAAAAGGAAGUUCCUGCACUUCCAGAGGCCGAAACAGCAGCCAUUUCUCCAGUAGAACCGCCUGCUGCAGAGAGCGAGGUGUCUUCAGUUUCUGAGGAGAAGGAACCCAAUGUCAUUGCGUCCCCACCCACUCCUGCUGAACAGCACGACGAGAAGGAUACCGUCGACAUUCUUCCGGCUGCACAAGAGCCUACUGCAGAUCUUCCCCAAGACAAGGAGCUUCCCGAUACUCUGGAGAAAACUGCGGAAGAAGUUCCAACAGUUGUCUCCGACUCAGUACCGCCCACAACCGAAGCAGCUGAGGAUGAGAUUAAUACUGAUGAUACUCCCGACGACACAACACUUUCCAGAGAAAUUGUGUUCCCUGCACAUGUGGAAGAAAGCGUGACGGGACCAGAGGCAGCGGACGAGGUACCCUCCAGUCCUAAACAGGAAAAGGAGACAACUCCUCUUCCAGAGGACGAGCCAGCGGCAAUUCCUAACGAAGAGACUCCUCUUCCAGUAACGCAGGAGACUUCCACUCCCGAGGACAAGGAGCUGGAGGUCAUUCUCCCUCAAGGGGAUAUCCCUUCCAUUCCUGCAGACGAGGAGAUCAAGGAAGAAGCUUCAUCCAAGGAAGUGGAUGUCAUCACCACUACUGCAGACAAAGAUCUUACAGCAGAUGAAGUACCCUUGGAGGAAAAGGAAAUUCCUGCAUUUCCAGAGGCCGAAACGGCAGCCAUUUCUCCAGUAGAAUCACCUGCAGCAGGAAGCGAGGUGUCUUCAGUCUCUGAGGAGAAGGAACCCGAGGUCAUUGCGUCCCCACCCACUCCUGCUGAACAGCACGACGAGAAGGAUGCUGUCGACAUUCUUCCUACUGCACAAGAGCCUACUGCAGAUCUUCCCCAAGACAAGGAGCUUCCCGAUACUCUGGACAAAUCUGCGGAAGACGAACCAGCAGUUGUCUCCGACUCAGUACCGCCCACAGCCGAAGCAGCUGAUGACGACAUUAAAACUGAUGAAACUGCCGACGACACAACUCUUUCCAGAGAAAUUGUGUUACCUACAAAUGUAGAAGAAAGCGUGACGGAACCAGAGGCUGAGAAGAAGCUACCCUCCAGUCCCAAACACGAUAAGGAGACAACUCCUCUUCCAGAGGACGAGCCAGCGGCAAUUCCUAACGAAGAGACUACUCUUCCAGUACCGCAGGAGACUUCCACUCCCGAGGACAAGGAGCCAGAGGUCAUCCUCCCUCAAGAGGAUAUCACUUCCAUUCCUGCAGACGAGGAAAUCAAGGAAGAAACUACAUCCAAGGAAACAGAUGUCAUCACCUCUACUGCAGACAAUGAACUUACAGCAGAUGAAGGUUCCUCUGAGGAAAAGGAGGUUCCUGCACUACCAGAGGCCGAGCCGGCAGCCAUUUCUCCAGGAGAAUCGCCAGCUGCAGAGAGCGAGGUGUCUUCAGUUUCUGAGGAGAAGGAACCCGAAGUCAUUGCGUCCCCACCCACUCUUGCUGAACAGCACGCUGAGAAGGAUACCGUGGACAUUCUAACGGCUGCACAAGAGCCUACUGCAGAUCUUCCCCAAGACAAGGAGCUUCAGGAUACUCUGGAGAAAUCUGCGGAAGAAGAGCCAGCAGUUGUCUCCGACUCAGUUCCAACUACAGCCGAAGCAGCUGAAGAUGACAUUAAAACUGAUGAUACUCCCGACGACACAACACUUUCCAAAGAAAUUGUGUUACCUGCACAUGUAGAAGAAAGCGUGACGGAACCAGAGGCUGAGAAGGAGGUACCCUCCAGUCCCAAGCAUGAAAAGGAGACAACUCCUCUUCCAGAAGACGAAUCUGCGACAAUUCCUACAGAAGGUACUCCUCUUCCAGUAACGCAGGAGGCUUCCACUCCCCAGGAACAGGACCCGGACGUCAUUCCUCCUCAAGAGGAUAUCACUUCCACUCCUGCAGACGAGGAGAUCAAGGACGAAGCUUCACCGAAGGAAGCAGAUGUCAAAACUUCUACUGCAGACAAAUAUCUUACAGCAGAUGAAUUACUCAUUCCUCCCUCUGAAGAAAAGGAAAUUCCUGCAAUUCCCGAGACCGUCCCGGCAGCCAUCUCUUCACAUGAAUCGCCGGCUGCAGUAAGCGAGGAGUCUUCAGUUUCUGAGGAGAAGGAACCCGAAGUCAGUGCGUCCCCAGCCACUCCUCCUGAACAGCACGACGAAAAGGACACCGACGCUGAAGACGACAUUAAAACUGAUGAUACUGCCGACGACACAACUCUUUCCAGAGAAAUUAUGUUACCUGCACCUGUAGAAGAAAGCGUGGCGGAACCAGAGGUUGAGAAGGACGUACCCUCCAGUCCUACACAGGAAAGGGAGACAACUUCUCUUCCAGAGGACGAGCCUGCGGCAAUUCCUACCGAGGAGACUCCUCUUGUAGUAACACAGGAGACUUCGACUCCUGCAGACGAGGAGGUCAAGGAAGAAGCUUCACCAAAGCAAACAGAUGUCACCACCGCUACUGCAGACAAAGAUCUUCCAGCAGAGGAAGUACUCACUCCUACCACUGAGGAAAACAAAACUCCUGCACUUCCCGAGGACGAACCGACAGCCAUUUCUCCAGAAGAAUCGCCUGCUGCAGAGAGCGAGGUGACUUCAGUCACUGAGGAGAAGGAACCCGAAGUCAUUGCGGCUCCACCUACUCCUGCUGAACAGCACGACGAGAAAGAUACCGUCGACAUUCUUCCGGCUGCACAACAGCCUACUAAAGAUCUUCCCCAAGACAAGGAGAUUGCAGAUACUCUGGAGAAAUCUGCGGAACAAGAGCCAGCAGUUGUCUCCGACUCAGAACCGCCCACAGCUGAAGCAGCUGAGGAUGACAUUCAAACUGAGGAUACUGCCGACGUCACAACACUUACAAAAGAAAUUGUGUUACCUGCACCUGUAGAAGAAAGCGUGACGGAACCAGAGGUUGAGAAGGACGUACCCUCCAGUCCUACACAUGAAAAGGAGACAACUUCUCUUCCAGAGGACGAGCCUGCGGCAAUUCCUACCGAGGAGACUCCUGUUGUAGUAACACAGGAGACUUCCACUCCUGCAGACGAGGAGAUCAAGGAAGAAGCUUCACCCAAGGAAACAGAUGUCACCACCGCUACUGCAGACAAAGAUCUUCCAGCAGAGGAAGUACUCGCUCCUGCCACUGAGGAAAACCAAAUUCCUGCACUUCCCGAAGACGAACCGGCAGCCAUUUCUCCAGAUGAAUCGCCAGCUGCAGAGAGCGACGUGUCUUCAGUCUCUGAGGAGAAAGAACCCGAAGUAAUUGCGUCCCCACCUACUCCUGCUGAACAGCAAGACGAGAAAGAUACCGUCGACAUUCUUCCGGCUUCACAAGAGCCUACUGCAGAUCUUCCCCAAGACAAGGAGAUUCCCGACACUCUGGAGAAAUCUGCGGAACAAUUGCCAGCAGUUGUCUCCGACUCGGUACCGCCCACAGCCGAAGCAGCUCAAGACAACAUAAAAACUGAUGAUACUGCCGACGACACAACACUUUCCAGAGAAAUUGUGUUACCUGCACCUGUAGAAGAAAGUGUGGCGGAACCAGAGGCUGACAAGGAGGUACCCUCCAGUCCUACAAAUGAAAAGGAGACAACUUCUCUUCCAGAGAACGAGCCUGCGGCAAUUCCUACCGAGGAGACUCCUCUUGUAGUAACACAGGAGACUUCCACUCCUGCAGACGAGGAGGUCAAAGAAGAAUCUUCACCCAAGGAAACAGAUGUCACCACCGCUACAGCAGACAAAGAUCUUCCUGCAGAGGAAGUACUCACUCCUGCCACUGAGGAAAACAAAACUCCUGCACUUCCCGAGGACGAACCGGCAGCCAUUUCUCCAGAAGAAUCGCACGCUGCAGAGAGCGAGGUGUCUUCAGUCUCUGAGGAGAAGGAACCCGAAGUCAUUUCGUCCCCACCAGCUCCUGCUGAACAGCACGACGAGAAGGAAACCGUCGACAUUCUUCCCGCUGCACAACAGCCUACUGUAGAUCUUGCCCAAGACAAUGAGAUUCCCGAUACUCUGGAGAAAUCUGCGGAACAAGAGCCAGCAGUUGUCUCCGACUCAGUACCGACCACAGCCGAAGCAGCUCAAGACAACAUAAAAACUCAUGAUACUGCCGACGACACAACACUUUCCAGAGAAAUUGUGUUACCUGCACCUGUAGAAGAAAGCGUGACGGAACCCGAGGUUGAGAAGGAGGUACCCUCCAGUCCUACACAUGAAAAGGAGACAACUUCUCUUCCAGACGACGAGCCUGCGGCAAUUCCUACCGAGGAGACUCCUCUUGUAGUAACACAGGAGACUUCCACUCCUGCAGGCGAGGAGAUCAAGGAAGAAGCUUCACCCAAGGAAACAGAUGUCACCGCCUCUACUGCAGACAAAGAUCUUCCUGCAGAGGAAGUACUCACUCCUGCCACUGAGGAAAACAAAAUUCCUGCACUUCCCGAAGACGAACCGGCAGCCAUUUCUCCAGAUGAAUCGCCCGCUGCAGAGAGCGACGUGUCUUCAGCCUCUGAGGAGAAGGAACCCGAAGUUAUUGCGUCCCCACCUACUCCUGCUGAACAGCACGACGAGAAGGAUACCGUCGACAUUCUUCCGGCUGCACAAGAGCCUACUGCAGAUCUUCCCCAAGACAAGGAGAUUCCCGAUACUCUGGAGAAUUCUGCGGAACAAUUGCCAGCAGUUGUCUCCGACUCGGUACCGCCCACAGCCGAAGCAGCUCAAGACGACAUAAAAACUGAUGAUACUGCCGACGACACAACACUUUCCAGAGAAAUUGCGUUACCUGCACCUGUAGAAGAAAGUGUGGCGGAACCAGAGGCUGAGAAGGAAGUACCCUCCAGUCCUACAAAUGAAAAGGAGACAACUUCUCUUCCAGAGAACGAGCCUGCAGCAAUUCCUACCGAGGAGACUCCUGUUGUAGUAACACAGGAGACUUCCACACCUGCAGACGAGGAGGUCAAGGAAGAAGCUUCACCCAAGGAAACAGAUGUCACCACCGCUACUGCAGACAAAGAUCUUCCAGCAGAGGAAGUACUCACUCCUGCCACUGAGGAAAACAAAACUCCUGCACUUCCCGAGGACGAACCGGCAGCCAUUUCUCCAGAUGAAUCGCCCGUUGCAGAGAGCGAGGUGUCUUCAGUCUCUGAGGAGAAGGAACCCGAAGUCAUUGCGUCCCCACCCGCUCCUGCUGAACAGCACGACGAGAAGGAUACCGUCGACAUUCUUCCGGCUGCACAAGAGCCUACUGCAGAUCUUCCCCAAGACAAUGAGAUUCCCGAUACUCUGGAGAAAUUUGCGGAAGAAGAGCCAGCAGUUGUCUCCGACUCAGUACCGCCCACAGCCGAAGCAGCUGAAAACGACAUUAAAACUGAUGAUACUGCCGACGACACAACACUUUCCAGAGAAAUUGUGUUACCUGCACCUGUAGAAGAAAGCGUGACGGAACCAGAGUCUGAAAAGGAGGUAACCCCCAGUCCUACACAUGAAAAGGAGACAAGUUCUCUUCCAGAGGACGAACCUGCGGCAAUUCCUACCGAGGAGACUCCUCUUGUAGUAACACAGGAGACUUUCACUCCGGAGGACAAGGAGCCGGAGGUCAUUCUUCCUCAAGAGGAUAUCGCUUCCACUCCUGCAGACGAGGAGAUCAAGCAAGAAGGUUCACCAAAGGAAGCAGAUGUCAGCACCUCUACUGCAGACAAGGAUCUUACAGCAGAUGAAAUACCCUCUGAGAAAAAGGAACUUCCUGCAAUUCCCGUGGCCGAACCGGCAACCAUUUCUGCAGAAGAUUCGCCCGCUGCAGAGAGCGAGGUGUCUUCAGUUCCUGAGGAGAAGCAACCCGAAGUCAGUGCGUCCUUAGACACUUCUCCUGAAAAGCACGACGAGAAGGAUGCUGUCGACAUUGUUCCGGCUGCACAACAGCCUACUGCAGAUCUUCCCCAAGACAAGGAGAUUCCCGAUACUCUGGAGAAAUCUGCGGAAGAAGGGCCAGCAGUUGUCUCCGACUCAGUACCGCCCACAGCCGAAGCAGCUGAGGAUGACAUUAACACCGACGAUGCUGCCGAGGACACAACACUUACAAAAGAAAUUGUGUUACCUGCACCCGAGACAAUUCCUCCUCCACAGGACGAACGUGAUGCAAUUCCUCUAGAAGAGAAUUUUCUUUCAGAAACCCAGGUGAGUUCAGCUCCCGAGGACAAGGAGCCGGAAUUCAUUCCACCUCAACAGGAUAUCGCUUCUUCUCCUGCAGACAAGGAGAUCAAGGAAGAAACUGCACCCAAGGAAGCAGAUGUGACCACCUCUACUGGAGAAAAAGAACUUUCCGGAGAUGAAGUAAUCACUCCCCCCUCUGAGGAAAAGGAAACUCCUCCACUUCCCGAGGACGAACCAGCAGCCAUUUCUACAGAAGAAUCGCCCGCUGCAGAGAGCGACGUGUCUUCAGUCUCUGAGGAGAAGGAACCCGAAGUCAUUGCUCCCACAGCCACUCCUGCUGAACAGCACGACGAAAAGGACACCGACGCUGAAGACGACAUUAAAACUGAUGAUACUGCCGACGACAGAACACUUUCCAGAGAAAUUGUGUUACCUGCACCUGUAGAAGAAAGCGUGACAGAACCAGAGGCUGAAAAGGAGGUACCCCCCAGUCCUACACAUGAAAAGGACACACCUUCUCUUCCAGAGGACGAACCUGCGGCAAUUCCUACCGAGAAGACUCCUCUUCCAGUAACGCAGGAGACUUCCACUCCCGAGGAACUGGAGCCGGAAGUUAUUCCUCCUCAAGAGGAUAUCGCUACCACUCCUGCACACGAGGAGAUCAAGCAAGAAGCUUCAUCCAAGGAAGCAGAUGUUAUCUUCUCUACCGCAGACAAAGAUCUUAAAGCAGAUGAGGUACCCUCUGAGGAAAAGGAAAUUACUGCACUUCCAGAGGACGAAGCGGCAGCCAUUUCGCCCGCUGCAGAGGUCGAAGUGUCUUCAGUUUCUGAGGAAAAGGAACCCGAAGUCAUUGCGUCCCCAGCCACUCCCGCUGAACAGCACGACGAGAAGGAUGCCGACGACAUUCUUACGACUGCACAAGAGCCUACUGCAGAUCUUCACCAAGACAAGGAGCUUCACGACACUCUUGAGAAAUCUGAUAACGAAGAGGAGGCAGAUGUCUCUGACUCAGUACCGCCCACAGCGGAAGCUGCUGAAGAUGACAUUAAAACUGAUGAUACUACGGACGACACAACACUUUACAGAGAAAUCGUGUUACCUGCACAUGUGGAAGAAAGCGUGACGGAACCAGAGGCUGAGAAGGAGCUACCCUCCAGUCCUAAACAUGAAAAGGACUCAACUCCUCUUCCGGAGGACGAAUCUGCGGCAACUCCUACCGAAGAGACUCCUCUUUCAGUAACUCACGAGACUUCCACUUCCGAGGAACAGGAGCCGGAGGUCAUUCCUCCUCAAGAGGAUAUCGCUUCCACUUCUGCAGACGAGGAAAUCAAGGAAGCAGCUACACCCAAAGAAGCAGAUGUCACAACCACUUCUGGAGACAAAGAUUUAACAUCAGACGACGUACUUACUCCACCGACUGAGCAAAAGGAAAUUCAUGGACUUCCCGAGGACGAACGGGCAUCCAUUUCUCCAGAAGAAUCGCACGCUGCACAGAGCGAGGUGUCUUCAGUUUCUGAGGAUAAGGAAACCGAAGUCAUUUCGCCGGAGGUCAUUAUCCCUCAAGAGGAUAUCACUUCCAUUCCUGCACACGAGGAGAUCAAGGACGAAGCUUCAUCCAAGGAAGCAGAUGUCAUCACCUCUACUGCAGACAAAGAUCUUACAGCAGAUGAAGUACCCUCUGAGGAAAAGGAAAGUCCUGCCCUUCCAGAGGCCGAACCGGCAGCCAUUUCUCCAGAAGAAUCGCCCGCUGCAGAGAGCGACGUAUCUUCAGUUUCUGAGGACAAGGAACCCGAAGUCAUUGCGUCCCCACCCGCUCCUGCUGAACAGCACGACGAGAAGGAUACCGUCGACAUUCUUCCGGCUGCACAAGAGCCUACUGCAGAUCUUCCCCAAGACAAGGAGAUUCCCGAUACUCUGGAGAAAUCUGCGGAACAAGAGCCAGCAGUUGUCUCCGACUCAGUACCGCCCACAGCCGAAGCAGCUGAGGAUGACAUUAAAACCGACGAUGCUGCCGACGACACAACACUUUCCAAAGAAAUUUUGUUACCUGCACAUGUGGAUGAAAGCGUGACGGAACCAGAAGCUGACAAGGAGGCACCCUCCAGUCCCAAACAUGAAAAGGAGACAACUCCUCUUCCAGAGAACGAACCUGCGGCGAUUCCUACCGAUGAGACUCCUCUUCCAGUAACGCAGGAGACUUCCACUCUCGAACAACAGGAGCCGGAGGUCAUUCCUCCUCUAGAGGAUAUCGCUCCCACAUCUGCAGACGAGGAGAUCAAGGAAGAAUCUUCACCCAAGGAAGCAGAUGGCACCAUCUCUACUGCAGACAAAGAUCUUACAGCAGAUGAAGUACUCGCUCCUCUCUCUGAGGAAAAGGAAAGUCCUGCACUUCCCGAGGACGAACCAGCAGCCAUUUCUCCAGAAGAAUCUUCCGCGGCAGGUAGCGAGGUGUCUUCAGUCUCUGAGGAGGAGGAACCCGAAGUCAUUGCUUCCCCAGCCACUCCAGAUGAACAGCACGACGAGAAGGAUACUGUAGAGAUUCUUCCGGCUGCACAAGAGCCUACAGCGGAUCCUCCACAAGACAAAGAACUUCACGAUACUCUUGAGAAAUCUGCGGAAGAAGAGCCUGCAUUGGCGCCCACAACCGAAUCACCUGCGGAUGAGACUAAAACUGUUGAUACUGCCGACGACACAGCAAUUUCCAAAGAAAUUGUUUUACCUGCACAUGAAAAAGACACAGUGAAGGAACCGGAAGCUGAGGAGGUUGUCCCCACUAGUUCAAAUGAAGACAAAGAGAUUUCUCCUCCUGCAGACGACGAACCUGCAGCCACUUCUACCCAAGAGACUACUCUUGAGAAACCUGCGGAAGAAGAGCCUGCAUUGGUCACGGAUUCAGUUCCACCCACAGCCGAAGCAGCUGCAGAUGACACUCAAACGGAUGAUACUGCCGACGACACAACACUUUCCAAAGAAAUUAUGUUACCUGCACAUGUGGAAGAAAGCGUGACGGAAACAGAGGCUGACAAAGAGGCACCCUCCAGUCCUAAACAUGAAAAUGAGACAACUCCUCUUCCAGAGGACGAACCUGCGGCGAUUCCUACCGAAGAGACUCCUCUUCCAGUAACGCAGGAGACUUCCACUCUCGUACAACAGGAACCGGAGGUCAUUCCUCCUCUAGAGGAUAUCGCUCCCACAUCUGCAGCCGAGGAGAUCAAGGAAGAAUCUUCACCCAAGGAAACAGAUGUCAGCACCUCUACUGCAGACAAAGAUCUUCCUGCAGAGGAAGUACUCACUCCUGCCACUGAGGAAAACAAAACUCCUGCACUUCCCGAGGACGAACCGGCAGCCAUAUCCCCAGAAGAAUCGCCCGCUGCAGAGAGCGAGGUGUAUUCAGUUUCUGAGGACAAGGAACCCGAAGUCAUUGCGUCCCCACCCAAUCCUGCUGAACAGCACGACGAGAAGAAUACCGUCGACAUUCUUCCGGCUGCACAAGAGCCUCCUGCAGAUCUUCCCCAAGACAAUGAGAUUCCCGAUACUCUGGAGAAAUCUGCGGAACAAGCCCCAGCAGUUAUCUCCGACUCAGUGCCGCCCACAGCUGAACCAGCUGAGGAUGACAUAAAAACUGAUGAUACUGCCGACGUCACAACACUUUCCAGAGAAAUUGUGUUACCUGCACCUAUAGAAGAAAGCGUGACGGAACCAGAGGUUGAGAAGGAGGUACCCUCCAGUCCCACACAUGGAAAGAAGACAACUUCUCUUCAAGAUGACGAGCCGGCAGCCAUUUCUCCAGAUGAAUCGCCCGCUGCAGAGAGCGACGAGUCUUCAGUCUCUGAGGAGAAGAAACCCGAAGUCAUUGCGUCCCCACCCGCUCCUGCUGAACAGCACGACGAGAAGGAUACCGUCGACAUUCUUCCGGCUGCACAAGAGCCUACUGCAGAUCUUCCCCAAGACAAGGAGAUUCCCGAUACUUUGGAGAAAUCUGCGGAACAAGAGCCAGCAAUUGUCUCCGACUCAGUACCGCCCACAGCUGAAUCAGCUGAGGAUGACAUUCAAACUGAUGAUACUGCCGACGACACAACACUUACGAAAGAAAUUGUGUUACCUGCACCUAUAGAAGAAAGCGUGCCCGAACCAGAGGCUGAGAAGGAGGUACCCCCCAGUCCUACACAUGAAAAGGAGACAACUUCUCAUCCAGACGACGAGCCUGCGGCAAUUCCUACCGAGGAGACUCCUCUUGUAGUAACACAGGAGACUUCCACACCUGCAGACGAGGAGGUCAAGGAAGAAGCUUCACCCAAGGAAGCAGAUGUCACCACCGCUACUGCAGACAAAGAUCUUCCAGCAGAGGAAGUACUCACUCCUGCCACUGAGGAAAACAAAACUCCUGCACUUCCCGAAGAUGAACCGGCAGCUAUUUCUCCAGAAGAAUCGCCCGCUGCAGAGAGCGACGUGUCUUCGAUCUCUAAGGAGAAGGAACCCGAAGUCAUUGCGUCCCCACCAGCUCCUGCUGAACACCACGACGAGAAGGAUACCCUCGAAAUUCUUCCGGCUGCACAAGAGCCUACUGCAGAUCUUCCCCAAGACAAUGAGCUUCCCGAUACUCUGGAGAAAUCUGCGGAACAAGAGCCAGCAGUUGUCUCCGACUCAGUACCGACCACAGCCGAAGCAGCUCAAGACGACAUUCAAACUGAUGAUACUGCCGACGACACAACACUUUCCAGAGAAAUUGUGUUACCUGCACCUGUAGAAGAAAGCGUGACGGAACCAGAGGUUGAGAAGGAGGUACCCUCCAGUCCUACACAUGGAAAGGAGACAUCUUCUCUUCCAGAGUACGAACCUGCGGCAAUUCCUACCGAGGAGACUCCUCUUGUUGUAACACAGGAGACUUCCACUCCUGCAGCCGAGGAGGUUAAGGAAGAAGCUUCAUCCAAGGAAACAGAUGUCACCGCCUCUACUGCAGACAAAGAUCUUCCAGCAGAGGAAGUACUCACUCCUGCCACUGAGGAAAAGGAAACUCCUGCACUUCCCGAGGACGAACCGGCAGCCAUUUCUCCAGAAGAAUCGCACGCUGCAGAGAGCGCGGUGUCUUCGGUCUCUGAGGAGAAGAAACCCGAAGUCAUUGCGUCCCCACCCACUCCUGCUGAACAGCACGACGAGAAGGAUACCGUCGACAUUCUUCCGGCUGCACAAGAGCCUACUGCAGAUCUUCCUCAAGACAAGGAGAUUCCCGAUACUCUGGAGAAAUCUGCGGAACAAGAGCGAGAAGUUGUCUCCGACUCAGUACCGUCCACAGCCGAAGCAGCUCAAGACGACAUAAAAACUCAUGAUACUGCCGACGACACAACACUUUCCAGAGAAAUUGUGUUACCUGCACCUGUAGAAGAAAGCGUGACGGAACCAGAGGUUGAGAAGGAGGUACCCUCCAGUCCUACACAUGGAAAGGAGACAACUUCUCUUCCAGACGACGAGCCUGCGGAAAUUCCUACCGAGGAGACUCCUCUUGUAGUAACACAGGAGACUUCCACUCCUGCAGACGAGGAGGUCAAAGAAGAAGAUUCACCCGAAGAAGCUUCACCCAAGGAAACAGAUGUCACCGCCUCUACUGCUGACAAAGAUCUUCCAGCAGAGGAAGUACUCACUCCUGCCACUGAGGAAAACAAAACUCCUGCACUUCCCGAAGACGAACCGGCAUCCAUUUCUCCAGAAGAAUCGCCCGCUGCAGAGAGCGACAUGUCUUCCGUCUCUGAGGAGAAGGAACCCGAAGUCAUUGCGUCCCCACCCACUCCUGCUGAACAGCACGACGAGAAGGAUACCCUCGACAAUCUUCCGGCUGCACAACAGCCUACUGCAGAUCUUCCCCAAGACAAUGAGAUUCCCGAUACUCUGGAGAAAUCUGCGGAACAAGAGCCAGCAGUUGUCUCCGACUCAGUACUGCCCACAGCCGAAGCAGCUCAAGACGACAUUAAAACUGAUGAUACUGCCGACGACACAACACUUUCCAGAGAAAUUGUGUUACCUGCACCUGUAGAAGAGAGCGUGACGGAACCAGAGGCUGAGAAGGAGGUACCCCCCAGUCCUACACAUGGAAAGGACACAUCUUCUCUUCCAGAGGACGAACCAGCGGCAAUUCCUACCGAGGAGACUCUUCUUCCAGUAACGCAGGAGACUUCCACUCCCGACGACAAGGAGCCGGAGGUCAUUCUCCCUCAAGAGGAAAUCACUGCCAUUCCUGCGGACGAGGAGAUCAAGGAAGAAGCUUCAUCCAAGGAAGCAGAUGUCACCACCUCUACUUCAGACAAAGAACUGACAGCAGAUGAAGUACACUCUGAGGAAAAGGAAGUUCCUGCAUCUUCAGAGGCCGAGCCGCCAGCCAUUUCUCCGGUAGAAUCGCCUGCUGCAGAGACCGAGGUAUCUUCAGUUUCUGAGGACAAGGAACCCGAAGUCAUUGCGUCCCCACCCACUCCUGCUGAACAGCACGACGAGAAGGAUACCGUCGACAUUCUUCCGACUGCACAAGAGCCUACUGCAGAUCUUCCCCAAGACAAGGAGCUUCCCGACACUCUGGAGAAAUCUGCGGAACAAGAGCCAGCACUUGUCUCCGACUCAGUACCGCCCACAGCCGAAGCAGCUGAGGAUGACAUGAAAACUGAUGAUACUGCCGACGACACAACACUUCCCAGAGAAAUUGUGUUACCUGCACAUGUAGAAGAGAGCGUGACGGAACCAGAGGCUGAGAAGGACGUACCCUCCAGUCCCAAACAUGAUAAGGAGACAUCUCUUCUUCCAGAGGACGAACCAGCGGCAAUUCCUACCGAGGAGACUCCUCUUCCAGUAACGCAGGAGACUUCCACUCCCGACGACAAGGAGCCGGAGGUCAUUCUCCCUCAAGAGGAAAUCACUGCCAUUCCUGCGGACGAGGAGAUCAAGGAAGAAGCUUCAUCCAAGGAAGCAGAUGUCACCACCUCUACUUCAGACAAAGAACUGACAGCAGAUGAAGUACACUCUGAGGAAAAGGAAGUUCCUGCAUCUUCAGAGGCCGAGCCGCCAGCCAUUUCUCCGGUAGAAUCGCCUGCUGCAGAGACCGAGGUAUCUUCAGUUUCUGAGGACAAGGAACCCGAAGUCAUUGCGUCCCCACCCACUCCUGCUGAACAGCACGACGAGAAGGAUACCGACGACAUUCUUCCGGCUGCACAAGAGCCUACUGCAGAUCUUCCCCAAGACAAUGAGAUUCCCGAUACUCUGGAGAAAUCUGCGGAACAAGAGCCAGCAGUUGUCUCCGACUCAGUACUGCCCACAGCCGAAGCAGCUCAAGACGACAUUAAAACUGAUGAUACUGCCGACGACACAACACUUUCCAGAGAAAUUGUGUUACCUGCACCUGUAGAAGAGAGCGUGACGGAACCAGAGGCUGAGAAGGAGGUACUCCCCAGUCCUACACAUGGAAAGGACACAUCUUCUCUUCCAGAGGACGAACCAGCGGCAAUUCCUACCGAGGAGACUCUUCUUCCAGUAACGCAGGAGACUUCCACUCCCGACGACAAGGAGCCGGAGGUCAUUCUCCCUCAAGAGGAAAUCACUGCCAUUCCUGCGGACGAGGAGAUCAAGGAAGAAGCUUCAUCCAAGGAAGCAGAUGUCACCACCUCUACUUCAGACAAAGAACUGACAGCAGAUGAAGUACACUCUGAGGAAAAGGAAGUUCCUGCAUCUUCAGAGGCCGAGCCGCCAGCCAUUUCUCCGGUAGAAUCGCCUGCUGCAGAGACCGAGGUAUCUUCAGUUUCUGAGGACAAGGAACCCGAAGUCAUUGCGUCCCCACCCACUCCUGCUGAACAGCACGACGAGAAGGAUACCGUCGACAUUCUUCCUACUGCACAAGAGCCUACUGCAGAUCUUCCCCAAGACAAGGAGCUUCCCGAUACUCUGGAGAAAUCUGCGGAACAAGAGCGAGCAGUUGUCUCCGACUCAGUACUGCCCACAGCCGAAGCAGCUCAAGACGACAUUAAAACUGAUGAUACUGCCGACGACACAACACUUUCCAGAGAAAUUGUGUUACCUGCACCUGUAGAAGAGAGCGUGACGGAACCAGAGGCUGAGAAGGAGGUACCCCCCAGUCCUACACAUGGAAAGGACACAUCUUCUCUUCCAGAGGACGAACCAGCGGCAAUUCCUACCGAGGAGACUCUUCUUCCAGUAACGCAGGAGACUUCCACUCCCGACGACAAGGAGCCGGAGGUCAUUCUCCCUCAAGAGGAAAUCACUGCCAUUCCUGCGGACGAGGAGAUCAAGGAAGAAGCUUCAUCCAAGGAAGCAGAUGUCACCACCUCUACUUCAGACAAAGAACUGACAGCAGAUGAAGUACACUCUGAGGAAAAGGAAGUUCCUGCAUCUUCAGAGGCCGAGCCGCCAGCCAUUUCUCCGGUAGAAUCGCCUGCUGCAGAGACCGAGGUAUCUUCAGUUUCUGAGGACAAGGAACCCGAAAUCAUUGCGUCCCCACCCACUCCUGCUGAACAGCACGACGAGAAGGAUACCGUCGACAUUCUUCCGACUGCACAAGAGCCUACUGCAGAUCUUCCCCAAGACAAGGAGCUUCCCGACACUCUGGAGAAAUCUGCGGAACAAGAGCCAGCAGUUGUCUCCGACUCAGUACCGCCCACAGCCGAAGCAGCUGAGGAUGACAUGAAAACUGAUGAUACUGCCGACGACACAACACUUCCCAGAGAAAUUGUGUUACCUGCACAUGUAGAAGAGAGCGUGACGGAACCAGAGGCUGAGAAGGACGUACCCUCCAGUCCCAAACAUGAUAAGGAGACAUCUCUUCUUCCAGAGGACGAACCAGCGGCAAUUCCUACCGAGGAGACUCCUCUUCCAGUAACGCAGGAGACUUCCACUCCCGACGACAAGGAGCCGGAGGUCAUUCUCCCUCAAGAGGAAAUCACUGCCAUUCCUGCAGACGAGGAGAUCAAGGACGAAGCUUCAUCCAAGGAAGCAGAUGUCAUCACCUCUACUGCAGACAACGAUCUUACAGCAGAUGAAGCACCCUCUGAGGAAAAGGAAAUUCCUGUACUUCCCCAGGCCGAACCGGCAGCCACAUCUCCAGAAGAAUCGCCCGCUGCAGAGAGCGAGGUGUCUUCAGUUUCUGAGGACAAGGAACCCGAAGUCAUUGCGUCCCCACCCACUCCUGCUGAACAGCACGACGAGAAGGAUACCGACGACAUUCUUCCGGCUGCACAACAGCCUACUGCAGAUCUUCCCCAAGACAAGGACCUUCACGCUACUCUGGAGAAAUCUGCGGAGGAAGAGCCAGCAGUUGUCUCCGAUUCAGUUCCGCCCACAACCGAAGCAGCUAGAGAUGAAAUCAAAACUGAUGAAACUGCCGACGUCACAACACUUUCCAGAGAAAUUGUGUUCCCUGCACAUAUGGAAGAUAGCGUGACGGGACCAGAGGCAGCGGACGAGGUACCCUGCAGUCCUGAACAUGAGGACGAGGUUUCACUUCUUUCAGAGAACGAGCCUGCAGCAAUUCCCGCCGAAGAGACUCCUCUCCCAGGAACCCAGAAGACUUCAUCUCCCGACGAGAAGGAACCGGAAGUCAUUCGUCCUCAAGAGGAUAUCACUUCCACUCCUGCAGGCGAGGAGAUCAAGGACGAAGCUUCAUCCAAGGAAGCAGCUGUCACCACCUCUACUGGAGACAAAGAACUGACAGCAGAUGAAGUACGCGCUACUCCCUCUGAGGAAACGGAAUUUCCUGCACUUCCCGAGGACGAACCAGUAGCCAUUUCUGCAGAAGAAUCGUCCGCGGCAGGUAGCGAAGUCCCUUCAGUUUCUGAGGAGAAGGAACCCGAAGACAUUGCUUCCCCAGCCACUCCUGCUGAUCAGCAAGACGAGAAGGAUACGGACGAGAUUCUUCCGGCUGCACAUGAGCCUACUGCAGAUCCUCCCCAAGACAAGGUGCUUCAUGAUACUCUUGAGAAAUCUGCGGAAGAAGAGCCUGCAUUGGCGCCCACAACAGAAGCAGCUGCGGAUGACACUAACACUGAUGACACUGCCGACAACACGGCACUUUCAAAAGAAAUUAUUCUACCUGCACAUGUAGAAGACACCGUGCAGGAACCAGAGGCUGCGGAGGAGGUCCCUUCAAUCCCUCAGCAAGAGAAGAAUAUUUCUCCUCUUGCAGACGACGAACCUGCAGACAUUUCUACCGAGGAGACUCCUCUUCCAGGAACCCAGGUGACUUCAAGUCCCGAGGAGAAGGAACCGAAAGUCAUUCCUUCUCAAGAGGAUAUAGCUUCUUCUCCUGGAGAUGAGGAGAUCAAGGAAGAUUCUUCACCCCAGGAACCAGAUGUCACCACCGCUACUGGAGACAAAGAACUUACAGCAGAUGAAGAACUCACUCCUCCUUCAGCGGAGAAGGAAAUUUCUAACCUUCCCGAGGACGAAUCAGCAGCCAUUUCUCCAGAGGAAUCGCCCGCUGCAGGAAGCGAGGUCUCUUCCAUUCACGAGGAGAAGGAACCCGAAGUCCUUGCUUCCCCAGCUACUCCUUCUGAAGAGCACGACGAGAAGGAUGCAGAAGCUCCAAACACCGACGAUAUUCUUGCGGCUGCAGAAGAGCACCUUGCAGAUACUCCCCAAGAGAAGGAGCUUCAUGACACUCUUGAGAAAUCUGCGGAGGAAGAGCCUGCAUCAUCGCCCACAACCGAAGCAGCUGCUGAUGACACUAACACUGAUGACACUGCCGACGACACAACACAUUCCAAAGAAAUUUUGGUACCUGCACAUGUAGAAGACACCGUGAAGGAACCAGAGGCUGCGGAGGAGGUCCCUUCAAUUCCUCAGCAAGAAAAGGAGAUAUCUCCUCUUCCAGAAGACGAACCUGCAUCAAUUCCUGCCCAAGAGACUCCUCUUCCAAGAACCCAGGUGACUUCAACUCUCGAAGAGAAGGAACCGGAAAUCAUUCCUCCUCAAGAGGAAAUCGAUUCUACUCCUGGAGGCGAGGAGAUCAAGGAAGAAGCUUCACCCAAGGAAGCAGCUGUCACCACCUCUACUGCAGACAAAGAUCUUACAGCAGAUGAAGUACUCGCUCCUCCCUCUGAGAAAAAGGAAACUCCUGCACUUCCCGAGGACGAACCAGCAGCCAUUUCUCCAGAAGAAUCUUCCGCGGCAGGUAGCGAGGUGUCUUCAGUUUCUGAGGAGAAGGAACCCGAAGUCAUUGCUUCCCCAGCCACUCCAGAUGAACAGCACGACGAGAAGGAUACCGACGACAUUCUUCCGGCUGCACAAGAGCCUACAGCGGACGCUCCAGCCCUUUCUCGAGAAUUUGUGUUACCUGCACAUGUAGAAGAUACCGUGAAGGGACUACAAGCUGAGGAGGAGGUCAUCGGUACUCCUGUAAAAGAGGAUAUAUCUACUCUUGCCGGCGAUGGACAUCCAGCCAUUCCUAGCGAAGAAACAAGCAGUGCAGGAAGUGAGGUGACUCCAAAUCUUGCAGAGAAAGAAGCCGAAGUGAUUGAUGCUGUAGAGGAUAACUUUGUUACUCAUGCAGAUGAAGGGGUCUCUUCUACUCUUGCUGACAGCGAACCUGCAGCCAUUUCCAGCGGAAAAGCUCAUCCUGCAGAAGAGGAGGUAACUUCCAGUCUUGAGGAGAGAGAGACUGAAGGCAUUCCUACUGAGAGGGAGGUCCUUGGCUCUGGUGAUCUAGACGAGAAGCAACCUGGAGCAAUUCUCACCGAAGAAACUCUACUUGCAGGAGAAGAGGUGACUUCUUUUUCUGAGAUGAAGGAACUUCAAGCCAUUCAGUAUGAGGAGGACGCCCGUGCUUCCACUGCUGAUGAAGAGGUGACUUCUACUAUUGUCAAGGAUGAAGCAGCUGAUGUAGCGGAAACCUCUGCCGUUGUCGAAGAUCUCACAGAGAAGGCCAUGAAAACAACCGAUGGGGAGGAGACCUCUCAAAUCGUUGGGGAUGUCACAAGGGAAGCACCCGCGGUCGCAGCUGUGGAGACUAAAAUUGAAGAGGCUGUGGUGGACAAUUCACUGUCAAGGGAGAUUCCUUUGCCUGUUGUCGCUUCUACCAAUGUGCAGGAGGCAAUAGACACUCAUGAGGAGAAAGAGAGUUCCCCAGGCGUGGACUCUACAACAGAGGAAGUUGAAGUAGGUUCAAUUCUGGAGAAGGAGAUUGAAGCGCUUCUACUGCAGGCAAUUGUCGAUGAGGAGGUCAUAUCCAGACCAGCUCUCCAAUCUGGAGAUGAGGAAGUGACAUCAGGGCCAAAGGAGAAUGCUGAACCGGAAGUUCACACCAAGACAGUCGAUAUCACUACUACAUCCUCAGAAGGUGAAGGGGUACUGAUUCCGGCAGUGGUGCCUGUUGUUGGAGAGUCGCCGAAAGAAAAAGAAAUUCUUUUGAGGAGCACCUCGGGAGAAGAGCUGUAUACUUCAGGAUCCGAACUUGAAGUGGGAACAGAAGAUUGUGAAUGUCCAUCCUGUCUUUACAAACUCUACCUGGUGAGGGAACACAGUGCGAAGUCAGACUUCAUGGUGGAAAUGGAAGCUGAGGUGGAAUCACCAAGUGAAGUACCUGUUUCGGAACCAUCUUCUGUAGAACAAGAAGUAACAAAUGUACAACCGCAACACAAGCUUGGAGCGCAUGUCCUACCAGAAUGUAGCGCUGGGAAUGUGGAUAUUUCCACUUCAGACCUUGAGUUGGAGGCAAAACAUCCAGAAGAGCCGAAGGAGGACAUUAUAUCUUACAUCAAAGCAUCCGGCACGAAGAAAGCCACAGUGACCGAAGAUUAUCCAUUGGUUACGAAAGGGGAGGACAUCGUACUCAAUGGAAAUGGAUCAGCACUCCAGGUGAAUGGCUAUUCCAACGGAUCAGCAACGAGGGAUGGACUACACUUGUAAAAGUGCGCCACAACAAACGGGCACCCAACGGGAGACUGACUCCUGCUCGUGAAAACUUACCCUUAGACGGUAGAUCACGAGUCCAUGGGCAUCAAUUCUCGGACAUGUUUCGGCUAUCAUGUGGACCCAUCGAAACAGCCCCCCACCAUAAACAGAUGCUUUAGAAAGCAUCUGUUCAGCGUCCCGAGAAAACUAGUUUCAUCGAGCGUACUUAUAUAUAGAAUCUUUUGUGAGUUCACAUCCUCAAUACUUACAGCUAUCGGACCGUUUUGGUCGGUAAACAAUAACAAGUAGGCCUAUUCUUAAAAGUAGCAGACUUUGAUUACAUCACUCAAGUUUUCAAAGCGAGAACAGGCAGAUUCUGUUUGUAUGACUGACAAUUCAUUUUGAAUGAUAUCUAUCGGUUUC